GGCGGGCCGGCAGCGACCACGCCAGGCCUGGGAAGUGCGCGCCUGGGGUCCAGGAGCAGCGGUGCUGAGCCGGAAAGAACCGGCCUGCACCUGCAGGGCAGCCCGGCCCAGGGCCACGCGCUGGGGGCUCCGUGGAGCCACAGGAACCCGGGAUUCUUCCGCAGAGACGGGCACCUUGCAGGGUCCAUGCGGGGAAGACGAGUUACAGGAGUUCAUUUAGGGGCAAAAGCUGGAGAUGGUGCGGGGCGUUUGACACCCAGCGCUCUCGGCGCCAGGGUCUCGGCCCAGGGGGACGACUGUGAGCUCCCGCGGGUGUAGCCGGGAGCAGAGGCCAGGGCGCAGCCGAGGGGAUAAAGCCCUGCACGGGGACCGCGGUGCUGCCGCCUCCCGGGGGCCUGGCGGCUCCUGGGCCUCCCUCUGGUCGGGGUGAAGUGGGCCUGCCCUUCCCCCGGGGGCGUGUGAAGUGGGCUGUGGGGGCAGCAGCCGGGCCAGGGCCUCAGAAGCCUCUGAUGAGACCCAGGUCCUGGGCUUCCGCCCCUCCCUGAGGGUUAGACCCAGGAGGUCCGGGCUUGGGGCCCCAGGACCUGCAUUUCCCGCGGGCAGCCAGGAUGGGCAUGGAGGGGGCUGCGCUGGGCGCCCAGCCCACCCCCUUGGCCACUGAGUUUCGUUUCUCUCCUGCAGGAUGGGCUGCUCUGGAUUUCCUUCUGUGACCCCUGUCCCCGCCCCCGCUCUUGGUCCCUGAGGGUCCGCCAAGUUUCAUUUCUCCGUGGCCCUGGGCGGAGCUGGAGGCGGAGCCGGCGCCUCAUAAAACCGGAGGAGCCCGGACCGCGGCUUCUGGCGCUGAGCUAGGAGCGGUGAGUGUCGCCGCUGGGGUCCGCGCUCCAGCCGGGAGAGGGGCGCACGCAGCGGGGCUUCCUGGUGGAGAAGAGGUGAGGGCAGUGCGCGUCCUCUCGCGGGCGGGUGACGUCACGGGAGCGAGGGCCACGGUGGAUGGGCUCCGACCACCCCAGGUGCUGGCCCCCGGAGCGGCCCGCCCGGAAUGACGCGCACACAGCGUCGCAGGAGACACCGGAGGAAGAUGGUGCAGUCUGGGGUGGAAUCCAGGAGUCCGGAUUCAGCCGCUGAGCCCAGUGCAGCGACACUGAAUGGAGACGCUCACCCGGCAGAGAGCGCGCAGCCCAGGGGGCCUGAGAACAACCUGUACGCCCAGUACGAGGAGAGGGUGCGCCCGUGCAUCGACCUCAUCGACUCCCUGCGGGCCCUGGGCGUGGAGCAGGACCUGGCGCUGCCCGCCAUCGCCGUCAUCGGGGACCAGAGCUCGGGCAAGAGCUCCGUGCUGGAGGCCCUGUCGGGUGUGGCCCUCCCCAGGGGCAGCGGCAUUGUCACGCGGUGCCCUCUGGUGCUGAGGCUGAAGAAGCUGCCCGCGGAAGCCGAGUGGAGGGGCCGGGUCAGCUACCAGGACCAGGAGGUGGAGCUCUGCGACCCCGCGCAGGUGGAGCCCGCAGUGACUAAAGCCCAGAACGUGAUCGCCGGGGAGGGGCUGGGCAUCAGCUCCGAGCUCAUCAGCCUGGAGGUCAGCUCCCCGCUCGUGCCGGACCUGACCCUCAUCGACCUGCCCGGCAUCACCAGGGUGGCCGUGGGCGGCCAGCCCGCGGACAUCGGGCACCAGAUCAAGGCGCUCAUCAGGAAAUACAUCCAGAGGCAGGAGACCAUCAACCUGGUCGUGGUCCCCAGCAACGUGGACAUCGCCACCACCGAGGCGCUGAGCAUGGCCCAGGAGGUGGACCCCGAUGGGGACAGGACCAUUGGCAUCCUGACGAAGCCUGACCUGGUGGACAGGGGCACGGAGGACAAGGUGGUGGACGUGGCGCGGAACCUCGUGUUCCACCUGAAGAAGGGCUACACGGUGGUGAAGUGCCGCGGGCAGCAGGACAUCCAGGAGCGGCUGAGCCUGGAGCAGGCCCUGCAGAGGGAGCGGGCCUUCUUCCAGGAGCACCCCCACUUCAGGGUUCUUCUGGAGGAGGGCAGGGCCACGGUGCCCAGCCUGGCCGAGAGACUGAGCACCGAGCUGAUUGAACACAUCUGUAAAACGCUGCCCCUGUUGGAGAAGCAGAUCAAGCAGAACCACGAGCAGUGCACGGAGGAGCUGCAGAAGUUCGGCGUGGACAUCCCCGAGGACGACAGCGACAGGCUGCUCUUCCUGAUUGACAAAAUCAACGCAUUUAAUCAGGACAUCACUGCCCUCAUUCAAGGGGAGGAGGUCGUCCGGGAGAACGAAACCCGGCUGUUCACCAAGCUGAGGGCCGAGUUCUGCAAAUGGGAGAGCGUGAUCGAGAAGAAUUUCAAGGCAGGUUCUAGUAACAUCCGGAACCAACUGUGGAAGUUUGAAAACCAGUACCGUGGCCGAGAGCUGCCGGGAUUUGUGAACUUUAAGACGUUUGAGACGAUUGUGAAACAGCACAUCAGAGCCCUAGAGUUGCCGGCUCAGGACAUGCUGCACAGGGUGACAGACAUGGUGCGCGCCGCCUUCACAGAUGUGUCAGAGAGAAACUUCCAUGAGUUCUUCAACCUGCACAAGACCACCAAGUCCAAAAUCGAGGACAUCCGCCUGGAACAGGAGAAGGAGGCCGAGCGCGAGAUCCGGCUGCACUUCCGGGUGGAGCAGGUCGUCUACUGCCAGGACCAGGUGUACCGGGGCGCGCUGAAGAAGGUCCGGGAGGCGGAGGCCGAGGAGGAGAAGAAGUCUCAGAGGUUCCGCGGCUCCUCCUCCGGACUCGGCUCCUCCCAGGACUCCUGCUCCUUGGCCGAAAUCAUCGAGCACCUGGUGGCCUACUACCAGGAGACGGGCAGCCGCCUGUCCAGCCUGGUCCCGAUGCUCGUGCAGUUCUUCGUGCUGCAGUCCUACGGGCAGGAGCUGCAGAAGUCCAUGCUGCAGCUGCUGCACAACAAGGAGAACUGCGGCUGGCUGCUGAGAGAGCGCAGCGACACCAGCACCAAGAGGAGGUUCCUGAAGGAGCGGCUGGCGCGGCUGGCCCAGGCCCGGCGCCGGCUCGCCAAGUUCCCGGGCUGAGGGCUCUGCCAGCCGGGCAGCGGGCGGCCCAGACCCCCCCCCCCCCCCCGUGCUGUCCCUUCUGGAACCGCGGCUCAGCUCAGAGCACGUGGGGACGCCGGCAGCCUCUCCUCCUUUGUAAUAAACGUGUGAGCCUCU